AUGACUUUUGGCAGUAGAACUGUAAUUCAGCCAGUUCAUCCAGAGCUCGGGCCAGUUUUGCCUAACUACCAGGCAAUUGCGGCUAUACCUCGUGUAGUAGAUCCCGAUGAAAGAUACGAAGAAGAGCCAAGGAAAGUCGAAGGCAAAAAUGGAGGACGAGAAAGCUUAGUGCGAGAAAUUAUUAUCACUGACCAAAGAGAAAGUCCCAAUGCCUAUACAGGCUGUUCGGACUGCUCAAAGCGCACUAACCUCCCCUUGCAGAAAUGCUACUCUUGCUCUGUUUGUUCAGUCAAAGAAAGUAUCUGCACAGAAAGAGCAACAUUUAAGUUCAAAGCUAGCGAUGACACAAGAAGUAUGGCAUUCACCACAUUCAAUGAUGAUACAGAAAGGUUGUUCAAGAAAACAUCAGCGGAAAUCUAUGAUAUAAAGGAAAAGGGUGAUUACGACGAAUUCAAGGCUAUUCAAGACAUAAUAAGCACUACACCGUUUUAUAUUAAGGUAAGGCCAACUCUGCACUUGGCUCAGAACAAUGUGCUUGAGUGGGAUCUAAAAACUAUAGAGCUGAAAGAAGAUCCUAACACACAAGAGGCAGCAAAUGAAAUACAAGGUGAAAAUGAAACACACCCUACUAAGAUCAGCAUUAAAAUGCAGAAUUCAGAGCUAAUCAUUCCUACUCCAAACCUGAAGACUACUGCAAAGAAGCGUUCACAGCAAGAAACUUUCACUGAAACACUUGAAUCACCUCAGCAAAACUCAGGAUCGUUGAAACAGGAAAAAUCCUUAGGAAAAAGGCCUAUGGAAACUGAAAUUCAGCAGACACCUCACAACUAUUGCUAUUAGAAGCUAGAGCAAAGAAGAAGCUUUGCUUUGGCGGAAUGUCUCCACAAAAGGACACUAAAGGUCAAGACCAUGGUGAAACCCUCAAAAAGGAUUAUUCUAGAGAUGUUCUUAAGACUGCUGAACCUGAUCAGAGGGAGACCAAGCUUAUUGCUGUGAAGACUGAAAAAUUCAAAAAAUCCUCCACUGAAUCCACUACUUAUGGAAAUUAGUACCUGAAGACUGAAGUAGAAGGAAUAUACAUAGUAAAGUAAUGAAGCUUCCAGAAUUGGCUACUAAAAGAAGUUCAAGAGAAAUGAAGUACCAAAUAUCAGCUAAUUAAGGUGCACUACCUGCACACCUUUUGAAUAUUAAAUCUUUUUCUAAAUUCAAAGUAUCUCGGCGGCUAUUGGCAUUUGCUUUUGCUAGAAUUAAGUAUAGCUAGACAUGUUGAUGUAAGAAGUAGCAGAAUUUGCUUUUUCUAAAUGAAUUACUGAGGAAUUGCUGUUUUUUGUUUAUUUUAGA